GAUUCGUGUACAUUGUACAUACACAGCCCCGUAGCCCGCUUGAUACGGGCUACGGGGCUGGGAAUAGCAGCACUUAGAAGUUAAUUACUUAAAAAAAAACAUUCCAUUGCCUGUCCGACAACCAAAGAGCCAUGGGCAGUGGGCAGCCGGUGCUGCGACCACAACAUGAGUACAACUUGUGGUCGGCGACCACCAAACACCUUUUUUGAGCCCUGAGCACACCUAUGUGGAUUUCACCGAUUUGAGAAGUCCAGAAACGCCAGGCAAGGUGGCUGCACCCUGAUAAAAGAAAAAAACGGCGACCGAGCCGCACUCCGGUGGCAUUGAGGUGUGGCAACCCACUCGAGUGGGCGGGGCUCCAGAGUUGGCCCCUGGGCGGUAGGCUGUUCCGCCGGCGAGGCCAAGGGUCACGGCGCGGGCCAGUCUGGUGCGCGGGUCACGAGCGGUAGACGGUGCACGGGGAGCUGCGGUGGACGACCUCGCCCCGGAAGGCGAGAGGCGACCUCAACCUAGUGCUAAAGUGCAAAGGGGUUGUGUCGCUGUUCCGCUACUGUUACCUGUGACCGCCGAGAGAUGGCACCACUGCGGCGUCUGGCGGCGCUACUGGUGGUGGCUGCUAUCGGUUCCUGUCUCGGUACAGAGCAUGAAGAGGAGACACAGCAGCUGCCCGUGGCCUGCCCCGUGAACAGCUGGUGUCUGCCCACUGGACUAUGCGACCCCGACUACGUCAUUUUCGACGCUAAAAAUCCGAUGGAGGGGUCGGCACCGGGCGAGUACGUGUGCGGUGUCACAGACACCACGGUCAACUACGUCUGCUGCGACACACAGGAGCUGCUGCCGCACCACUUCAAACCGACGCCCUUCCGAUGGUACUUCCAGAGAAAGGGCAGCAAUAUCGAAGGCGGUCUGGUGGUAGCGCCCUGGCCAACCUUUACCAUCGAUGACCUGGAGGAGCUGGAGAACCAAAACGAACUUCACAUUGACGACGACGAUGACUUCGAAAAGGACAUUCCCGCCGAUGACUCAAAACAGGACCACGAUGCGUCUGAGGGUGAAGACAUAAACGACGGCUAUGUCGUCGAACCUGACAGCUUUCCAAGUCCAACUCGUAACGACGGAACAUCGAACGAAGAUCUCCUUGCGCAAGGUGAGCUGUACGAAGAGCUUCUGCGUCUUCGGGAGACCGAGCGUGAGCUGCUCGAGCUGCAGUAUCAGCUCGCCGCGGAGGGUCGCGAAGGCAGGGCCGUCUCGACCGGAGGAAGGUCCAACAGGGUAAUGGACCGCUAUCCACAUAUGCAGGGCUCUGGCAUGGCUGAUAUGAGCCAAAUCGAUGAAGAAUCGCCAGCGGUCGGUGAUGUUGAGAAGGCCAAAGCGACCCCGACUGGCCACGGGGACCUGUCCGUUGGAGGUGCACAUCUGAGGAGAUCCGAUGAGCUGGGUUCUCGCAGUGAGCCAGAUGACGAUCUGCCCGUGCCACACAUCUGUCCCAGCAGAUCCAUGUGCGUCCCGUGGAAUCUCUGCGACGCAUGGCAAGUCCUCUUCGACGCCGAGUCGUCCCAGGAAAAGGAGUACCUCUGUGGUCUGACCGAAGACUCUGAGAUGUUUGUAUGCUGCCGACGGCCCAGCUUCCUGGCGGAUCAGGAGACGGGAGCCCCUGCCCCGGCUCCAGCUGCAGACGCAGCAAAUGGUGCCGGUCCAGCUGCGGGGUCUCCACCUGGCUCUGCAUCUGCUUCUGAUCCCAGUUCUCGUGUUGCUGAGGAUACCGUGCCCGAUUCGGACGUGGUUCAGCUACCCUUGGACCACUUGGCGGAGCUUUUCUCGGCGUUUUCUCCUCCCCCUUCUCAGCAUGCAACGACCGCUGCCCCAACAACGAAUCGCGGGAGUUCGGAUGGUUUAGGAAGUCACGGUCACUACUUGGAGGGCGUUCUCCUGAAAGAGCGUCCGAAGCGAGAGAUCCAACCGCCGCCACCGUCACAGGGACGCGUCAUCUACCCCUCUCAGAUCGCUGCCGAGAGGCUGAGAGAGGUGCAACGAGCGGCAGCGGCUGCUGAUGGGCAGGGUGGUGACAGCGAGGGAACGCCCUUCAGGAACACCCUCGGAGGAAGGCUGAAGCCAGCGGGAUCACUUGGGACUGUGAAGCUGGGAGGUCUCACCCCGCCGCCGCCCAGGCCGUCUAGUAGGCCUGAUGUGAGGCGUGAGCUCCCUAUUCUGCCCCCGCUACCGUCGCCAGCGCCCAUUCCUGCUCCAACCCAGUCACCACCACUGCCUUCGCCUCCAGCACAUUCGAACGUUGAACAAGAGCAUGAAGAAGCUGUGUCUGCAGGAGUAGCGCCCGCAGGAGCGGUGCCUGAGGCGCACGAGGAGACUGCGGUUCCACAGAAGAUCGCGGUGACGCCGAGGACGGUUCCUCAGUUGGAGGAUGUGGACAUUCGGCCGCUGCGGGCCGAGAUGUGGCGCGGGAUGGGCCCGGAUGUCCCGGUUGGACCUGUUGGUCGCUCCGCCGCUGGUGACGCCGACAGUCGUUCCGUGAAUUCCUUGGACGCUGAGGAAGAAACUGAGAACAAGCCAGGAAGCCUGCUCAGUAGGAUCCUAGACAGUCUACCGGGCGGGUCAGUCUCCUCACGACAUGGCAGCCAGCAGGGGCAGGAGACUCCCCGGGGUCGGUUCUUCGGGGCUCCACGGCCGCCACUGCCGCUGCACCGUCCGACCCAGCCUCCCCGACACGGUGCACGACCUCCCUUCCACCAGCCGGAGCCCUUCCAGCCUGAUCACUUCCAACCGGGACGCUUCCAACCGGAUCAUUUCCAACCCGGGAACUUCCAGCCUGGCUUCCAGCCAGGCUUCCAGCCUGAUCAUUUCCAGCCUGGUAACUUCCAACCGGGACAUUUCCAGCCGGAGCACUUCCAGCCCGGCGGGCACGGUCCGGGAACUGGACCGCACGUGGAUCAGGUCCACCCAGACAAGACGCAGCACUUCAAUGUCCACGAGAGGCCGCCGCACCAGCAAACUGUGCAUCAGAGGCCGGGGCAACAUCAGCCUCCACACCACCAACAGCCAGCCCUGUCCGCGCAGUGCGGUCGCGGCGCGGAGGUCGGUCUUCACGCUCGAGUGACCACUCAGCGGGGCGAGGACGGUGUCACCGGCUACGGCGAGUAUCCGUGGCACGUGGCCGUACUGACGGUGGACCUGACCUACCUCUGCGCCGGCGUGCUGGUGGCGCCGAGACUCGUGCUGACUGUGGCCCACUGCGUGACGCCCCUACCGGCCGGUACCCCGCUGGUGGUCCGUGUGGGCGACUGGGACCUGGCCUCGGAACGGGAGCUCUACCCGGCCUACGAUGUGGAGGUGGUGCGCGCCGUGGUCCAUCCAGAGUUUUACGCGGGUAACCUGCAGAACGACAUGGCGCUUCUGCUGCUGGACCCGCCGGUGGAGGGCCUGCCGCACGUGCAGCCGGCCUGCCUGCCGCCGCCGCACGCCCAGUUCGACCACCAGCACUGCUGGGUACCGGGCUGGGGUCAGGCGCGACACGUCUCCGGCGACAUCCACGAUCCGAGCUCCUACAGCUGGGUGCUGCGCGAGGCACCAGUCGCAGUGGUGACGCCCGGAGCGUGCCAGCACCACCUGCGCACCACGCACCUGGGACCCUUCUACCAGCUGCCGAGGCGCGGUGUGCUCUGCGCCGCCGGCCGCAGCGGCAGCGAUGCGUGCUUCGGGGACGGCGGCGGCGCACUCGUCUGUCCUCUGAAGGAGGACGGGCCCGACGGGCCGCUCUACGCUGCAGGUCUUGUGUCCUGGGGCAUCGGCUGUGGCCAGGACAUCCCCGCCGUCUACACCAAGGUCUCUGACUACCACGGUUGGAUCGUCUCCGUGCUGGAGGACCUGGAACGGAGCGUCCAGUUUCAGCACGUUCCGGGAGCUGGGCACCCCCGAGAAGCCGGCAGAGAGGGCCUGAAGGCGUAGUCGGUCUGUGAUGCUCUGUGUCUAUGCGGGAGGGCUGUGAUAGAGCGAUAUGAUAUGCGGUGUCUUCGGUUAGUCACCGAUAUAUUUGUUGGGAACUUGUCGAACUGACUUGUGCAUGGCUGUUAUGGUGCAUUGUCUCCGUGAAUGAGUCACUUAGGUGAACGGAACGGCAGUCUGUGUCGUCAAUCAUGUGACUAUGUGAAUAACAUGCAACAUCGACUCGCUCA